UUUAACUCUAUCUAAAUAUUUUUGUAUACGCAUGUUAUUGGUAUAAUUUUUAGUAAAAUUGUGAGUCACUAAUCAUUUUAGUCAUAAUAAAAAAUGAUAAACGAUACCUUUUCUAUACAAAAGUAUAAAGUAACCACUGUCGAGCCAACAGCAUAUUACAUAUCAGAGUUUAUAACACCCCAGGAAGAGAAGUAUAUUUUAUCAAAUAUAUACUCAUCUCCAAAACCAAAAUGGACCCAGCUCUCCAACAGGAGAUUACAGAAUUGGGGUGGAAUUCCUCACAGUAAAGGCAUGAUAGCUGAAGAAAUACCACAUUGGCUGCAAACAUAUAAUGAAAGAAUUCAUAAUUUAAACUUAAUGAAUGGUAAUAAACCCAACCAUGUCCUUGUUAAUGAAUACUUACCUGAUCAAGGCAUACUCCCACAUCUAGAUGGAUCAUUAUUCUACCCUACAAUAACAACAAUCUCUGCAGGUUCACAUACAGUAUUAAAAUUCUUGCAGCCAAUAUCAGACGAAUGUUCUAAAUUAAAACCAGUGUUCUCUUUUCUCUUGGAGCCAAGAAGUUUACUUGUCCUACAGGAUAAGUUGUUUAGCUACUAUUUGCAUAGUAUUGACGAAGUGAGUGAAGAUUUGUUAAAUGAUUUUGUAGUGAACCUAAAUAUGUGUUCUGAUAAGUACGUAAAAAAUACAAGAGUGGCUCGUGAUACAAGGAUAUCUUUGACAAUAAGACAUGUGCCUAAAACAACAACUUUCAAAAUUAAUAUUGGUAACAAAAGGUGAAUAAAGUCAAUUUAUGAAUGGGUGAUAAAUAUGAAAAUUAUUGUCCACACAUGGGAUGAACUUGUGACAGUGUGUGUAUAUGACUGUAUUUAAAAAUAAUUUCAGUACAGAUUUUUA